AUGCCAAUAUGCGUUAAGUUUUCUAUAAAGGGAUCACCGGAUCAGCUGGAUACGAGUUUUGUGUCCGUGUAUGCGGCAGUCAGUUGCAAUAUCGCUCCGUUGAGUAAUAUUGUCAUCAUCACGGUACGACACGCCGAUAUCGCUGAAUGCUUAUCACGUCUUCUACCCGUCUGUAUGCGUGGUUGUAUUCCAUGCAUUAGUAGGCGCACCUCGAUUAUAUUCCCAACCAGUAUAAUUGUAUCGCCGUCUUGA